CCGGGUCCGUAACGGCCCUCCAGCACCUCACACCGCUGGAGCGCUUUGCUCGCGGCACUGUCUAUAAAGUUGUUGUUGCUGCUUCCGCCACGGGUAGAGGAAGAUGGCGUCCGGAGGUGGUGGCUGUAGCGCUUCGGAGCGACUCCCUCCGCCCUUCCCUGGCAUGGAUCCGGAGUCCGAAGGGGCUGCCGGGGGCUCAGAACCCGAGGCUGGGGACAGCGACACCGAGGGGGAGGAUAUUUUCACUGGCGCCGCCGCAGCCAGUAAGCCCCACUCUCCAAAGAAAACCACAGCCCCUUCUCCUGUCAAAAACGGGUCCAAAGAGAAUGGGAUCCACGAGGAACAAGACCACGAGCCGCGGGAUCUCUUUGCAGACGCCACAGUGGAACUAUCCCUGGACAGCACACAAAAUAACCAGAAGAUGAUGCCAGCCAAAACGCUUAUUUCUCAUUCUCCGCAAGAAGCCACAAAUUCUCCUAAGCCACAGGCAAGCUAUGAGGAGCUGGAGGAGGAAGAACAGGAAGACCACUUUGACUUGACAGUUGGCAUCACUGACCCUGAGAAGAUUGGAGACGGUAUGAAUGCCUAUGUAGCCUACAAAGUCACAACACAGACGAGCUCACCAAUGUUCAGAAGUCAGCACUUUGCUGUGAAAAGACGAUUCAGUGACUUUCUGGGUCUUUAUGAGAAGCUUUCGGAGAAGCACUCUCAGCACGGCUUCAUCGUCCCUCCUCCACCUGAGAAGAGCCUGAUAGGAAUGACAAAGGUGAAGGUUGGGAAGGAAGAUUCUUCUUCUGCAGAAUUUCUUGAAAAACGGAGGGCUGCUCUGGAAAGGUACCUUCAAAGAAUUGUGAGCCACCCUACCAUGUUACAAGACCCAGAUGUCAGGGAGUUUUUGGAAAAAGAAGAGCUGCCGCGCGCUGUGGGUACGCAGGCUUUGAGCAGUGCUGGUCUCCUUAAGAUGUUCAACAAGGCUACAGAUGCAGUCAGCAAAAUGACCAUCAAGAUGAAUGAAUCAGACAUCUGGUUCGAGGAGAAGCUCCAGGAGGUGGAGUGUGAGGAACAGCGCCUCCGGAAGCUGCACGCUGUGGUGGAGACUCUAGUCAACCAUAGGAAAGAGCUAGCGCUGAACACAGCCCAGUUUGCCAAGAGUCUAGCCAUGCUUGGGAGCUCUGAGGACAACACAGCGCUGUCUCGAGCACUCUCCCAGCUGGCUGAGGUAGAAGAAAAGAUUGAGCAGCUCCAUCAGGAACAGGCCAACAAUGACUUCUUCCUCCUCGCUGAACUCCUGAGUGACUACAUCCGCCUCCUGGCCAUCGUCCGAGCCGCCUUCGACCAGCGCAUGAAGACAUGGCAGCGCUGGCAGGAUGCUCAAGCCACGCUGCAGAAGAAGCGGGAGUCCGAGGCCCGGCUGCUGUGGGCCAACAAGCCUGACAAACUGCAGCAGGCUAAGGAUGAGAUCACAGAGUGGGAGUCUCGGGUGACUCAGUACGAACGGGACUUUGAAAGGAUUUCAACAGUUGUCCGAAAAGAAGUGACACGAUUUGAGAAAGAGAAAUCCAAGGACUUCAAAACCCACGUGAUCAAGUACCUGCAGACACUCCUACAUUCCCAGCAGCAGCUGGCAAAAUACUGGGAAGCCUUCCUUCCUGAGGCAAAGGCCAUCUCCUGAGGGACCAAGAACACCAGAGCCUACCUGCGUGACGCUGCCUUUUUAUACACUGUCCUCCUCCCCUCAUGGACCCCACUGACGCACCCUGCCUUGCUGGACUUAGCCCUUCCACCCUGCCCCCACAAAAACUGUCC